CAGCGAACAGUUGUUCAUUGCCAGUCGUACAGGUCGUUUGGUUUGUGUAAUAUUUGUGAAAGUAUAACUGUACUCAGUGAUAUUUCUUUUUAUUUUAAUAAAAAUCGCUUCAGUUCCUAACAAUUAUAAGCUUAUCUAGCUGGCUGGACACAAGCCAGAAUAGCCGCAAAGACUUUAUGUAUUAAAAAAAAUAGGAAGACGAAUAUUAUGCUCAUCGUUAACCCAUAUAGUUCAAUUUAAAUUAAUAACAAUUUCUUGUCUAAAUUGUAGGUCUGUUUUUUGAAUCAUUAACCUUCAAAUAAACUUGUCAGUUAAAUACAAUGAUAAUUUCCUACUGCAUAUAAUAAGGAUUUUUCGCCCCAACUGUACCUCGGCCUUGCUGUGCCGCGUGAGUUAGACUGCCUACUACUGCUGAAAGCGAAGCACGCGUAAAUAUGUUGUGAUUGUGUGUGUCUGUGAACAUGGGGAAGAUUGCUGAAGAAUGGGUGACGCCGUUCACGAAGCAGUGCUUCGUGACUUCUGGAGUAUCACUGAACAUGGCUGCAGCAGGCCUGGUGAUGGGGUUUACGACAGGACUCCUGGAGCAGUUGAAAGCCUCCGACUCUUCUAUACCCAUCGAUGAUUCCUCAGGAUCUUGGAUUGCUGCCAUCCCUGGCUUCUCUCUCGUCGUUGGAAACUUCUUGGUGCCCUCCAUCAUGUCAAGAUACGGCAGAAAAAUGGCAAACCUCAUCAGCAUCAUUCCUCUGAUCAUCGGCUGGGUCUGCAUAAUUUUUGCGCAAGACGUCCUAACACUGAUGAUAGCCAGGGUCUUCCAAGGUCUCUGCAUGGGCAUGGCGACGUACCUCGGCUCCGUGCUGAUCGGAGAAUACUGCAGUCCGAAGAAUAGAGGCGCUUUCUUAAUGACAAUAUCAAUUUCUAUAGCAGUAUCGGUUCUUGUCGUCCACACUAUGGGUUCCUACAUCAGAUGGCAGAUUUCUGCACUAGUGUGUGGGCUCAUUGCUCUUCUCGACUUAUUCAUUGUUAUAUGCUCGCCAGAAUCUCCUAGCUGGUUAGCAGAUCAAGGCAGAUAUGACGAAUGUAGACGAGUCUUUAGAUGGUUAAGAGGUAACCAUGAAGAGGAAGAACUAAAAAGGAUGAUAGAAGCCAGUAUCAUCAUCAGAGAGUCGAAAGCAGAGGCCGAUAUUUCAGAAACCUUCAUCAAGAAGUUGAGAAGCAAUAUCGUCUACUUCAAAACGACGAUACAAAAGAAGGAGUUCUUCAAACCUAUUUUUAUUAUGAUCCAUAUUUAUACCAUCGCCCAGUGGAGUGGCGUGAACAUAGUUGUAACGUAUGCUAUAGAUUUAUUCCAAAGAAUUGUUGGUCCCGAUUGUAAUAUACCAUUGUUGGUGAUCACGUUGGAUGCCCAUCGCAUCAUAGCUAAUAUCUUUGCAAUAUACAUCAUCAAGAAGGUAAAAAGACGAGUAAUGCUGUUCACUACAGUUGGUAUUAACUUAUUCGCCUUAUUAGGUAUAGCUGUAUACACUUAUUCCAAAGAAAACAGCCUACUAACCAUCGAUCAUCCAAUGAUAGGCAUCCUGUUAAUUCACACUUUAAUGUUCGCGGUAGCUUCUGGCACAUUAUCAUUAUGUUUCAUAAUAGCUGGAGAGAUAUUUCCAUUAGAAUACAGAAGUUUAGCUGGCGGUAUAAGCGUGCUGUUUUAUUCAGCUAACAUGUUUAUAACUGUAAAGACGCUACCUCAUUUGUUCAACGUUUUAGGUGUUCACGGAACAUGCUGCAUCAAUGCUGCUGUAGUAGCUUACUGUUUGUUUGUAGCGUGGUGCUACCUUCCAGAGACCAAGGACAGGACUCUUCAGGAUAUUGAAGACGAGUUUAGAGGAAGACCGCUGACGGUUGAGGAGUUGAAGUCAGUGCAGUCACUGGCUUCGUGGAAGGCGUAUAAUACAGAUAGACGGUGUAGCACACCGGUCGUUUUGUGAUAAUAACUUUAAAUGUGAUAAUUUUUACAAUGCCGCCUUUUAUAAAGACAAUAAAUAAAGUAUAAAAUCAAAAUGUUAUGAGGGAUCCAAUGCAUGCUAAAUAGAUUAAAUUAAGCUUAAUUUAUAAAGAAAAUUAUGAAUCAAUAUCUAAAUUAAUGAUGUAUGUGUUUCCAUUGUGAUGUUACAGGUAUUUAACACUGCGAUAUUUUUGCUGUAUUUAUAUUUUAUUCCUAAAUAUCAUUGACGUAAGGCUAGGAAAUACAAUGUUUUUAAGUUU